AUGGGGGGUGACUCCACCAGCCCCAAGGCGUCUUCGCCCAGCCAGUCAAAGGCACUCGGCGCCGGCGUCGGCGCCGGCGACGGUGACGAGACUAUGGAGGUUCUGCAGGCUGCUCUCCAAUCCGCCGUCGAGGCAAGACAGGCCGCCGAGAACCGCAUCGACGUCCUCGAGGCCGAGCUCGCCCGCUUCAAGGACCAGCACGCCUUUGUCGCCGCCUCAAAGGAGGCCCUGAUGCAGCAGCUCCGCGACGAGGUCACGCGCCGCGAGGCUGCAGAAGAAAAGUACGAAGCUGCCGAGGAGAAGAUUGAGCUUCUCAGAGGCCAGGUCGAGGCUGCCCGCCGCGGGGUUAUGCAGCUCCAGAAACAGGAACAGGACCGGGCGAACCGAACCUCCGCAAACAGGGUUAGCUCCCACGGGGCUGACGACGCGUAUGGCGGAAUCGCUGUCGAGGAGCCGACAUCCCGCGCCGCCAAGCGUCAAAGCUUGUAUGGACGGCGGCCUGAUCCGGCGGAGCCGGUACCGCCCACCCCCGGGCUUGCUUCUUCGUCCGCCGCCGCCGCCGCCGCGACAUCGCCUGCUGCGGCGCCCGCACGCGGCGGAUUGAGGGAGCUGCGACUGGGCGCAGGCGCAUCGUCUCUCGCGUCGCCCAUCGCGUCGAGCCGCCUCGAUGUGCCGACAAAAGGUGACCGUACGAGCGGAUCGAUCAAGUCGCCGCUCCUCUCGCCUCGGAGUCCGCUCGGAUCGCCGCCCCGUGCCGUGCGGCCACCAUCCCGCGACAGCGCAGGCUCAGGCUCGGGAUCGGAGAAGGGCUCGCCAGCCGGCGGCAGCGGCGCAACUAGCCUCCUCGCGCCACCGACCAUCGUGCCAAACAGGGUAGUCACGCCCAUGACGUCCGCGCUCAACUCGCUCGCCGCUGACGUCAAUGCUGCCGCGGCGCUCGAGCAGGCCCGCGACGAGGUGUCCGCGCUCCGUGCACAGCUCGAGCGCCUGGCGGUGAGAUUGACCGAGAGCGAGGAAGCGCGGGACGCCAGCGAAAACUGUCUCAAGGCUCUGCGCGAAUUUGUGGCUAGCGAGAACAGCACCGCUGCCGACGCCGAUCUCGGUGGCAUCCGCCUCCCACCACUGCCUACCGACCGCGAGGCGGACGAGGCACCAGUGCAGGAGAAGAAGGCCGCCGCCGGGUGGGGAGUGGGCGGGUUCAGCCUUUGGGGUGCAAAGGGUGCUGCCGAGGCACCCAAGCCGGCAGCACCAGAGUCGGUGUCCAACGCGUCUUCGAGGCGGCAGUCGAACGCUAGCGUCGCGAUGACCCUGUCACCACCGCAGUCGGAGCCGACCCUCCCUGUCAUUGAGCAGGCAAUCGAGCUCGACACGGAAACCGCGUCUAUCAAGUCGAGCGGCGUGGCAUCUGUGGCUUCGGGCUCGAGUGCCGCGCCCACAGCCGGCGCGUCGCUCGGCCGCUCGCUGACGUCCUUCUUUGGCCGUCGCGGACGGCAGAACUCGCGCUCCGGCGCAGCGACAUCGCCCCAGCCCCCCGCGCUCGUGCUCGAGCAGAGCAACCUCGCCGUGGCCGACGAGGCGGCCGAGGCGCUCGACGGCAAGGUCCUCCCGCCCAUGCCGCAUGAGGACAUCCCCUCCAGCCUGCAGGACGAGGCGGUCGGCGCUGUUGACCGCAAGCGCUUCUCCGAGGCCGCCGAGGCCGACGUCACGCCGACUCCUACGCCUGUUGCGCCCCGCACCGUGACCGGCCCCGCCUCGGCCAACUCGCUCGACGUGGUGUCGCCCACCCCUGCCAUCGUGUCGCCCACGACGCCCGUGCUCGGGCUCAACAUCACGUCGGCCCCUGUCGAGUCACCUUCGCCAGGCCUCAAGCCUCUGUCCCUCUCGCCCGCGGCCCGCUCGCCGUCCCAGCUCUCCCCAGCCGGCCCUCGGCCGGCGCGCUCGCCCGCCCGCUCCGCCUCGUCCAUCUCGCCCCUCCCCAGCCCGACUGCGGCCGUCAUCGCCGACCUCGUCGCCGAGCCCGAGGAGGUCGAGGAGGCGGACGCCACGACGGUCGACGACGAGGCUUCCGAGCUCAACACGCCCGUCGACUCGCCCGCGCCCGAGGACCGCGCAAAGGUCGCCGAGCCGCUCGACGACGCGGGCGAGAGCGACAUUGAGUCGCCGUCCAAGAACCCCCCGCCCAAGCCUGCUCGUGCGCCUGCGCGCCGCGGCGCCACGCGUUCUCGCGGAUCCAGGCGCGGUUCGACGCGCCAAAACACUGCCGACCGGGUGUAA